AUGAGCUCUUACUUUGUAAACUCGUUCUCAGGGCGCUAUCCAAAUGGCUCCGACUAUCAGUUACUAAAUUAUGGGACUAACGGCGCUGUGAGCGGCUCCUUCAGAGACCCUGGCACCAUGCACUCCGGGUCUUUCGGCUACAACUACAAUGGCAUGGACCUAACCGUGAACCGCACCAACACGGGCGGCCACUUCCCGGCGGUGCGCGACGAUGCCCGGGGCUUCGGCCCGGACGCCCGCUACAGCAGACAGACGCCCAACUGCUCGCUCUCCUCUCCAGAUCCGGUGCCGCCGUCGUGCGCCUCAGCCAGCCGGGAGCCGCUGGAACUAAAGAGCCCUUCUCCUCCCUCUGACCGGAGCGCGACCUCGAGCGGAGGCAACAAAAGCACGGGCGCUCAUUUCACGGAGAUAGAGGACGCCACGGUGGCUUCUGAGACCGAGGAGGGCGCGCACAGCAGCGGCGGAUCAAGCUCUGCUUCCCGGGCGCAGCAGCAGCAGCAACAGCAGCAGCAGCAGCAGCAGCACCAGGACCCUAACGCCACCUCCUCCACCCCUACAUCAAAUGAUUGCCAAACACCACAAAUAUUCCCCUGGAUGCGGAAGCUGCACAUAAGCCAUGGUAUAUCCACACUCUGCUAAUAUUUAUAUUUGAGGGAUGUCACGCUCGUAAAUCUGUCAGGUGUUGCAUGAGUGAGCAGCUGGCUGGAGAGGAGCCUGUUUUUGCGGAGUGGUUUGCGGGGUUUGUGGCUCUCAGGUGAGGGUUCGAGGUUCAUGAGAGGGAGCUUUAGAAAUGUGGAUUCUUGUGCGUAAAAGAGGAGCUGUUGGAGAGCAGCAGGAGGAGUGUGUGAGUGAGUGUGUGUGUGUGUGAUGUUGCAUGCUUUUCUUCUUGUUGUUGGUGGUGUUGUUGGUGUUGCAGUGCAGUUCCUAAUUGUGCAAAAAUUCUCUGUAAAAUUGUAGAUAUGACCGGACCUGAUGGAAAAAGGGCCCGAACCGCGUACACCCGGUACCAGACGCUAGAGCUGGAGAAAGAGUUUCACUUCAAUAGGUACCUAACCAGACGGCGGAGGAUAGAGAUAGCCCACGCCCUGUGUCUUUCCGAAAGACAGAUCAAAAUCUGGUUUCAGAACCGCAGGAUGAAGUGGAAGAAGGACAAUAAACUGAAAAGCAUGAGCCUGGUGACGGGAGGGAGCGCCUUCCACAACUGA